AUGGUCAUCAUGGGCUACCCAUGGUUCCUCUACCAGGGCCGCGAAGAGCGCGGAAUCGACAUAGACGGGUGGCUCGACCUCGUGGCGGAGGAGAAGGCGCUGCGCAAGGAGGUCAGCAAGAUCGCGGAAAACUACGACGAGCGGCUGUGGCGCGAGCGGCAGGAGGAGAGCGAGCGGAACGAGGGUGAGCGGCGUAACGUAGAGAGAGGAGAAAUCGAAGACGGGCCUAGCGAAAAUACCAGAGGAGAGCACCGGCGAUGA